GCUUUCAUCCGAAGUAACAAAUUAGCAUUGCGCAUGCUAUAUGAUUACUACUUAUAAUAAUCAUGAUUAUGUAUCGAUGAAAGUUGAUUGCGAAGAACUAUCAGACGAACAUGUCUAAAUUAAUCCGGCGCACAAAGAGCAAGUAUACUUUAUAAUCGACGACCAAGUUCAGUCCGUAGUUUACGUCAGUUUACCUCAUCACUAUAACACGAUCUAGGGGGUGAACAGAAAUUCAGCACCAUAAGGAUCCUCGUACCAACGAUAUGAUGGUGAUUUGAUAACUCUUGUGUGUGCAACGCAAGCAAAAUGGUUCCAGAAUUUAGGCUCAUCACUGUGGUUCAGCCACUGAUCCCGCAUGUAAUAACAGUCUACCUUGCUUUAGCUGCGGCGGAUUACUCGUGCAAGGAUGGCAAUCGCAUCAACUACACUUUACCAAUGUUUGAAGCGUGUCCCGAGAGAGAACAUCCUGGGUCGGGUAGGUUGAAGACCGUCCCCAAGUUGAUCCCGAUUUCUUCAGUUGUUUCUGGCUGUUACCAAGGUAGAAAGAACGAAAUUUCACCGGGGUUACGUAUCUGCAAAAUUCCAGAUUGCGUAAGUAAUCCAUGUGAAAACGGCUGGUGCGAGGAGACAAUCACAGCUUUCGUCUGCCACUGUCCACCUUUAUUCACCGGACGUUACUGCGAAGAGAGAGUAACAACCCAGGUUGUGUUCGACUGCCCUCCAGACUUCAACCAUACGGUAGAACUAGGGAGUUUAUGUACGGUGGCGUACUGGGUUCCACCUAACACCACCAACACACAGGGUGCACCCACCGUGAGAGCCAACCUCCAUCCUGGACACUUCUUCAAGGUUACCAAUGAGACAGUGAAAGUCGGCUACACAGUCAGUGAUGGGAGUGGAUGGGUUGACGAAUCUUGUUCCUUUAACAUCAACACUCAUUACGUGGACACAACUCCGCCAGAUGUAAGGUGCGUUGAAGACAUCAUCACUUCUGUCGAGCUUGGUACUCCCAAUACCUCAGUCGCAUUUACCCAGCCAGCAGCUUCAGAUAUAUCUGGCGACGUGGCCCUUGUUUCACACAACCACGAAUCGGGGGACCGAUUCGUAGUAGGGUCAACCGUCGUCGAGUACGUGUUUACCGAUGGGAGUGGGAAUAAUGCAUCCUGCAUAUUCAAUGUGACCGUCAAUGCUGUUGAUACCACGCCUCCGAUGGUCACGCGGUGUCCCGCAAACCAGACCAUUACGGUUCCUGUUGGGGAAUUCACCCAGGCUUUCACCUGGAGACCACCGAUAGGUAUGGAUGAAGCAGGGAUCGCAUCAAUUAUUCCUAGUCAUGAGCCUGGUAUGGAUGUCACGGUUGGUAAUACCAUCACAGUCGUCUACACAGUUACUGAUAACAGUGGACUAACCAACACCAGUUGUUCCUUCAACCUCACUGCUCGAUCAGAAGAUCCGAGCUGGAAAUGUUCAUCGUCGAAGUGCUACCAACUACUUAAUGGUUGGUCUGAUUGGUACGAGUCCAAACUCCGCUGUAGUGCAAUGAAUUCCGUCCUCACCCGGGCAGGAUUGAAGACGCCGUCCCUCCUACAUUUAAGCUCUGAAGGCGAAUUCAAACAAAUGCAAGAGUUAAUCGACCUGAAGUUUUUUAGUUUCUGGAUUUGGAUUAACUGUAACGAUGAGGUCGAUGAAGGGGUGUUCGUAUGCGAUGUUGAUGGCUCGGGAACAGGAACACCAUUGCAACUAAUAAACUGGGAAAUAAAUCAACCGAAUGGCGGACCAGAUGAGAAUUGCGUAAUGACGCAAUCUUCUAUAUUCAUGCUGGAGGAUGCAAUGUGCCUUUUAUACAGGUCCACGGUUUGUCAGUUAGUACUUAACCCAUCGUACGGUACCAGUCAAUAAAAAGUGGUGGAAAGUGGGGAUAAGAUGGACCCCUUAACUUCCCAGCCGCGCCAUUCUUACCCUAGAGUCAUGAGGAAGUUGUUCAUCGAGGUAUAUGUUGUGACCACAUAUUGAUUAAAAUUCAUUAUUAUCUGGGGGAAAAAAUCCAAUAUUGUAUUGUCUCACAACUUGUAGGCGGGGCCGUUUUACCCAAGGCUGGUUGUAAGACGGGUCAUAUAAUACGACAUACUCGCAUGUUAAGACUUUGCAAGAUGUGAUCAGUAAUGCCCUCAUAAUCCGUCAUGAUCGAAUAAAACAAUUUGUCUAAAUUGGUCUUCAGCCCCACUUUUUUUCCAAAACGUUUACAAAAAUGUAAUGAUUUCUAUUGUUUGUGAUUUUUUUGUUGCAUUGUCAGUCCCCUCCCAAUUUCAAAACCGUACUGCGGUUGAUCUUUUACCAUUUUUGUAUAUAGGUCGUACACAAUAUUCAUGAAUAUAUUUGAUACAUUUUUCAAUUCCUUUCAAGGGCUUAAAAGCUCUCAGAAAUUGGUUUGCACAAGAAUGCUGAUUUUCCUGAUCUUUCAUGCUGUUUGUACAUUCAAAUUACUUUGCCUUUAUUCCAUGAAGCUGCAAUUAAUAACUAAGGACAUAAGAUGAAGGAAAUCAGUGUUGAUAAACAUUAAUUUGAAACAUCUCCAACAUUCUCUUUAUUAAGCUGUAAACCUUUUCCCUGGACGAAAAAUCAUUAUUUGGGCAGCCACCCCCUGCCCUCCCCUAUUUUGCACCGCCCUUGAUUACUGUUCAGGCCAUCUUAUUCCACUUCUGCAUGUAUGUUCCACUGAAAUUUCAUGCGAGAGGGCAAAAGGUUUGACAUAAUUCUACCCUAUUUCCUUCGUGCAAAGUCCCUGGUAUAAAUGGAAAAGAAUACAACUGGGUGGAAUCAGGCGUCUUGCAAGGAUCUACAUUGGGUCCGUUGAUAUUCGGUCUUUUAAUCAAUGCCAUGUGCAACGUAAAAAUUUACAUCUCAUUUUCUAAACUGCAUCUUUAAGCUGGUGAUGCAGCCAUUUUGAUCAUAAAAAACAAAGCAUGAAGUAAAGAAAAGUGGUUAAAGGCGUAAUUGGUUAAUUAAAUUUCACGGAUGAGCAUGGGUCCGUCAGAACUCGGAAUUACGUCGUGUCGUAAUUCGGAUUAACACAAACCGGUGGCGUAAUGAGUCAAACAUUGGCGCACGAGCAAUUUUUGUAAAAUUCUUUUCAUAAACAGGUGAACUCCGCUGGCAAUCUCGGCUAUAUACAUUACGCGAUUCAAUAUAUAACAACAGUGCUGACUUGGAAAACUAUUAUUCACAAAAACAUCGUUCAUAAUUAUCAAAAGAAAUACUAUGUACAUCGACCCUAAAUGACAAUUGACCCUGAUCAUGUGACCUAAGACCGAUACUUGAUUACCCAUAUGUCCAUAUACUUUCAAAGUUAUGAUGGCAUUUCAAAACUUUAACCUUGGUUAAGAUUUCAUUGUUGAAGACGCCGCCGCCGUCGGAAAAGCCUAUAAUAUACAGUCUCUCUUUGCUAUGCAGGCGAGGCCAAUUUUUUUUUAUUUGUUGAUCGAUUUUAAAAUAAUAAAAAAAAAAUAAUAUCAUAUUUCAUCCCUUCCCUUCCCUUAACUUUCCCUUUCUCUUUCUUUUCUUGGUCGGGGGGAGGGUUCAUGCAUGGCCCCCAAGCCCCCAUCUCUACGCCAGUGCAGGAUCUAAAUCAGGGAUUUUCAAAUGGUGGCGCGCGCGCCACUUGUGGCGCACCGAGCAUUGCAGACAGAUUGCAGAGUGGCGCGUGAGAGCCGGUAUAAAAAAUAAAUAAAAUAUAUGGAAAAAUUGGGGGUGCAAAAAUGUAUCUACCAGUAGGCCUAACCUAGAAUUGGGGAUUUGAUGAUCAUUUUUUGUUCCAAAGAGAAAACAAAUAAUCCUUACUUGACACUUAAAUGCUAAUUGAUUUCCUAAGAUUUUGUAUAAUUUAGCACUCGAUAACCCCUAUUAUGGAGGAUCGAUAUGGUGUUUUUAUUUAUAUUUAUUCUAUUCUGUACAAAGUUUCUGUGCCACACAAGUGAUUUGAAAGCCCCGUUCAUAGGAUUGCUAUUUCUACGGCGAGUAAUUUUGCAUUUCCAGAGUAUAUGUUUUGGUUUUAAACAUCAAAUAAUAUGAUAUUCAAAGAAAAUCCUGUUCAUAGAUAAUGAAUUUGAGACAUAUUAACAAGCACUGAAACUUUGUUUCCGAAGCCGAUUAAAUUCCAAAGUUGGUAAAGUGAAAUAUGCUCCGCGGAUUGUCUCUACCGUGAUUGCCUACAUUCUUGCUUAACAUGAAAUGAAUGAAUGAUACUGCACGUGAGUUGGAGAGAGAGAGGGGCAGUAUGGGGCGUUAGUGCAGUGCAACGCCUGAUUUUUUCAGCCCUUGCAAAAUUAGGAAAUGUAUGGCGUACAGAUGGGGGUGGGGCUUGGGGGCUCCCCAAAUGUUUCACGGCC